AUGGCGGACGAAUCGUGCGUAAAGUGGACCAACUUUCAGGAGCAUCUGGUGCGUGCAGUAAAUGAAAUUUUUGUAUCGCACCAGUACACCGAUUGCCGAUUGGUCGUACCCGAGGGAGAAUUGUGUGCAAAUCGUGCAGUACUCUGUAUGGCGUCCAAAUUCUUCGAAGCAAUCUUUGCAGGCACCAUGACCUCAUCUGUUAUUGCCACGGAUCACCUGACGAUUCUUAUUCCGGAUCUGCAGCUUUCUUGUUUACGAUGCGUUUUACAAUUCAUCUACACUGGGGAAGUUUAUUUACGGCCGCACGACGUAGCACCCUUCGUAGAAGCAUGUAGUUUGCUACAGAUACGAGGAGCUCCGUAUAGCGAUGAUCGGUCUGUAGAGAAUAAUUUCGGAACAUUCAUCAACUCGAUGCAGGAUGGGUUGAUUGCGGACAGCGGCGGUAAUGAAACAGCAACGUACCUUUCACACGAUUGCGAACGAGAAGUAGUGUCAGAACUAAGCGUAGCGGAGCAAAGCGAACAAUCCAAUACGUUAACAGUACAAAAUGAAUCCGUCGAAUUCGAUUGUCAGCAGGUGAGCUUCGGCGAGAAAUCGAUCGAUGGCAGCUUUUCGCCGGAUUAUGAGAUGGAAAAUGGGGAUAGAAAUGCAACGAUUCAGGAUCUGUUACAUGAAGGUUUGGAAGACCGUUUGAACGAGGGUGCGAAAUCGGAAUCCAGCGAGCAUUUAGACCCCUCCAGCUAUGAAACUCGCCUUAAUGCAGCCAUCGAUGCAAUAUUAAAUCGUAAUAUAAGCUAUCGGGUAGCAUCUCAACAGUACAAGAUCGCUAAGACCGUGCUGUGGCGAAGAACGAUGAAAAUGCCCCGUUUGGUUCGACCGACUUCACCGAAACUAGCUAACCAGCGAAGAGAGGCUAUCGAUGCGCUAAAAUCCGGUGAAAAAUUAGUACACGUAAGCCAGCGUUUUGAGAUUCCACUGUCGACGCUACAUCGGGAUAAGAUACGGCUGUACAAGAAGGGCAUACUGCCGAGCAAAGUAACAUUGAAACAGCGCGAUAAGGGCGAAUCCUUUCGGCAACGGCUGACGGAGGCGGUGAACGAAUGCAUUGCAGGGCGCAUGUCACUUUCGGAAGCGGCACGGGUAUACGAAUUACCGAAAACUUCCAUAUGGCGAAAGGUUCGAUCGUCACAGCCGAGUAAUAGCACAAGUGGAAAAGAAAUGGAAGAAAACGUAGCGAAAUGUGAUCACGCUGUUCGGAGUUUGGACCGUUGCGUCGGCACAGUCCUAGCGGAUGCUGAACACACGGUCGGAGAUUUGUUAAGCGUUACAUACCAAAGUAUGGACGUGUCUGCGUCCGAAUUAACGCAGGAUGCAAUCAUCCUGUAG